CUCCUCUGUCUCUCUCUCUCUCUCUGUCUAUCCCUCUCUUUCCCCCCCCUCUCUCUGGUGUUGAUUCUUAACUCGUGGUCAGACAUCUAUCCUAACAUCAUCGCCAUGGGUUUCCCCGCCGAGCGCUUGGAGGGAGUCUACAGGAACAACAUCGACGACGUCGUCAGGUUUCUGGACUCAAAACACAAACAUCACUACAAGAUCUACAACCUGUGUGCUGAGCGACAUUAUGACACUGCAAAGUUCAACUGUCAAGUGGCUCAGUACCCAUUCGAGGACCACAACCCGCCCCAGCUGGAGCUGAUCAAACCGUUCUGCGAGGACCUCGAUCAGUGGCUGAGCGAAGACGAGCAGCACGUUGCCGCCAUCCACUGCAAGGCGGGAAAAGGUCGUACCGGCGUCAUGAUUUGCGCCUACCUGCUGCACCGGGGGAAGUUUAAGAUGGCUCAGGAUGCGCUGGACUUCUACGGAGAGGUCCGCACCCGCGACAAAAAGGGCGUCACCAUCCCCAGCCAGCGGAGGUACGUCAUCUAUUACAGCUUCCUGCUGAGGAACCAGCUGCUCUACAAACCUGUCGCCCUGCUCUUCCACAAGAUGCUGUUUGAGACCAUCCCCAUGUUCACCGGAGGAACCUGCAAUCCUCAGUUUGUAGUUUAUCAGUUGAAGGUGAAGAUCCACACCUCUAGCCCCGCCCACACCCGGCGGGAGGACAAACUGAUGCUGUUCGAGUUCCCUCAGCCACUUCCUGUCUGCGGGGACAUUAAGGUGGAGUUCUUCCACAAACAGAACAAAAUGAUGAAGAAGGAAAAGAUGUUUCACUUUUGGGUAAACACCUACUUCAUCCCGGGCCCGGAGGAGGGCCUCGACAGACUGGAGAACGGCAGCGCCGGGACGCCACGGGAACCCGGCGACAGAAUGCAUCACUACCCGGGGAUGAUGACCCCCGCCGCCAUGAUGACGGGAGGAGAACCUAACGACAGAGAUUACCUGGUCCUGACCUUGACUAAAAACGACCUCGACAAGGCAAACAAGGACAAGGCCAACAGGAACUUCUCCCCAAACUUCAAGGUGAAGCUGUUUUUCACAAAGACGGUCGAGGAAGGAGCUAACUGUGACUCGAGCAGCACGUCCUCGGUGACGCCCGACGUCAGCGACAACGAACCGGAUCACUACCGCUACUCAGACACGACGGACUCGGACCCGGAGAACGAGCCUUUCGAGGACGACCAUCACAAUCAGAUCACAAAAGUCUGACACACACACACUCACACACAAACACGUACACACACACUCAUUCAUUCAUAUACGUAUAUGUAUAUAUACAGGAUAUAUACAGUAUGUAUGUAUACACACUCAUGAACCCCAAGCUAAGACUAGCCUGUUAGCUAGCGGAGGGAAUAUAACCGACGGACCAGGCCUGAUCUGAGGACUCUGACAUUAAAGAGCUCAGGUCAGUAUAGACCCCCCUCCCUUCCCUCCCUCUAAUCUUCUGCCCAAUGCACAGCUGGACAAUCACAUGACAUGGCGGUCAGAGGUGAGGAGGGCGGGGCCAAUGGACGGCGAAUGGACAAUGAGACAGAUGAAUGGACAGACAGGAGAUAAAAAAUAAAGGAGUAAAACUUGAAUAUAAACAAACUGAAAGACAAGUAGACUUCUUUAGUGACUACACCAAGAUGUUUGUUGGAUAAACCCCAUGUGUCCUUCCUUCCUUCCUUCCUUCCUUUCUUCCUUCCUACCUUCCAGUUAAGCAGACCAAUCUUCAUUUUUUUUUCCUUCUCUUCCUGCUUCAAUCCUCAGUUCUGUUAAGCUUUGUCAGGGGAGACAACUCUUCUCUCUGUGUGCUAGCAUCGUUCAGUCCAAAUUUUUACAAAGCUAUGACUUCGCUGUAGAACUCUUUUUUUUUGUCAUGAAAUGACCUUGUGUUGAUUUUAAAGGCCAGCAAAGAUUACCAUGAGUUUAAACACCCCUAUAUCUUUUUUUAUUGGUGUCAUAUUAGGGAAUGAUUAAGCUAACAAUCUUCCUUUUUUUUUUUUUUUUUUUUUUACAAAAAUAUUUUCCUUCUUGAGUCCAACAGGCACUUAACUGAAGGACACUAAAAACAGAAACCCAAUCAGUUAACCAUCAGAAGUUGUCGGUUCCGCUGCCAAAUUGAUCUCAUUAAGAUAACGACAGCGUCUCAGUUUGACCCAGUUUGUUUUGAGGUGGCUCAAACUGGAUUUUAAGUUUCCACACAUCAAAACAAACCCAGCAACACUUUGGACAAUGCUGGACCGUCUGGUCUGGUCCAAACCAACUUAGACGACUGUUCCUCAUUGACUCAGAGUAAUCCAGUCUGACUCACUUGGUUUAAGCAAGUUAGCACAUGAUUGUUUGGGGAAAGCCUGAGCUGCUCCAGACCCGUCUAUUCAUGUCAGUUUGGACCAACGUACUAGAGUUCUGGCCUGUUUGGACCACUCAAUCUUAGUUGGUGUGGACCAGUCAGAAAUGGUUUGGAUCAGUUGGUGUAAGAUGAUUUGUAAUGAGUCAUUUUGGGAAAACCCUCAGUGAUUAAUUUGGCAGCAGAACUGGUCUGUCAGAAAACGACAGCGUCUCAGUUUGAUCCAGUUUGUUUUGAGGUAGGAGAUUAGCUCAAACCAAAUCAAAUCAAACAGGAACACCUUGGAUCAUGCUGGAAUAUCUGGAUUGGUCCAAACCGACUGUUCCCAUUGACUCAGAAUAAUCCAGGGACGUGAUCGGUUGAGCUGCUCCAGAAACAGAAACUAUCUUUGUCAGUUUGGACCAACGUACUAGAAAGUUCUGGCCUGUUUGGACCACUCAAUCUUAGUUGUUGUGGACCAGUGAGAAAUGGUUUGGAGCAGUUGGUGUAGGCUGAUUUGUAACGAGUCAAUUCUCCGACAAGCCAGUCUUACAGUUUGGACCGCUCAACCGCUGUGAACUUAAUGGUCUAAGCUGGUUUGGACGAGUCCAAGUCAGUUAGUAAUGCAAAUACAUAAAGGCAUUCUUUUACCUCAUAAAUCUUUUAGAUGUGAUGGUUCUCCAUGCCAAGUUUAUAUUGCUCUUGACAUCGGAGACUCUCCCCUUCUGAACCCCCUAGGAUUCUUUUUAAACCGUCUUCCCAGUCUUGAUUACGUUUCAAACCAAGUUGGACGGGUCUUCUUGCUGGUUUUUUGUCAAAAAAAAUCUGACCAGUGUUUGCCGGUUUGGACUGGAUUUUGUAAACAGCACACAGAGAGACGUGACGGUUUGAAUGUGACAAUGGGAAAGAGAAACUUUCACAAUCUGCUGCAGUUCUGUCAAUCAUCUACUGUCUAAAAAAGACACCUACAGUACAAACCUACUGUGAACAAAAUGCUACUACUGCUUUUCUGUCUUGUCUGUCCGUCUUCAGUUUUGCACAGAAGGAUUCUCUUCCGCCCUUCAGUCAGCUCCUACAGUUCCAGCAAACAUAUUUUUGUUAUUCUCUGACUUAUAUCCAACAUUAAGCUAAACAAUAAACAAGCUACACACAGUAUAACCAUUCCUUCAGCCGGAUCUAUACACUUAUGUAGGCUAGCACACACUGAUGCAAACUAAAGCAGAAACCUAGGACUCGAGGCGCUCGGAUUGAUGGGUGCCAUGCCGGUGGCGGGGUUUGCACAUUAUAAGGACAGUUCGUGAAUAUAGAUGCCUUUGCACGAUGAGUCUAUCCAAGAAAGCUAAUAUGGCUCAUGUGUAAGUAGUUUUGUCAAGCUGAAAGAUUGUUCCUGAGACUCUGUGGGGUUUUAGCUGAGCAGGCUUGAAGUCAGGACGGCAUCUUCAGGUGGGGUUUGCUUGAUAGAGUUCAAGUAAAAAAUAAAAAAAAAGAUCUAGAUCGAUUUCUGUUCCAUGUGCAGCUCCCUUUUGUGCUCCUAAAGAGUUGAAUUGCGGGUUUACUGGCCAGGCAAUGUUGAGAAACCCAAAAUCAACCAAGGUGCUUGAGUUGUGUUUAAGCUUGUCAUUGAACCAACAGCCGACUGCUGACCAUACAGCUUCCAGCAGGUUCCACAGGCGAUCACCACCGGUCUUACGAGCCAUUAGAUUUAGCCUCCGUGUGUCUUUGGUUUCUGACAGUUCAAUAAAAGGUAAUGUUCUAUAACUAUAACUCUGUCCGUAGACUAUUAACCGUUUGAUUCAUUACUACUUUGUGGAAUCCUUGGCGACUGUCCCUCUUGACAACCUGGGCAGUUUGGGAAACAUGUUAGCAUUACAGCAAGUUUGAGACUUUUCCAUCCGGGCUAUACAGAAGCCAGUGACCAUAAGGGAUGCUCCGUUUUCUUUAUCACCAGGGCAUUACCAAUCCCAAUAUAUUCCCAAGGAGGUUCCUGUAUUUGGGACUUUUACUACAUUUAACAUUUUAUAGAUGUACCCUCUUACAUUGGCAAAGUAAGGUUCCUCCUAUGAGACAAGUGUUCUCCACCAAAAGCCCCUUCAAUUGGACUUAAAACUGACACAACCCUUCACUUUUCAGAAAUAGGUGUUGUUAAGAGCUUCUUGUUUGUCAUAGCAGCCCAAUUUGCCCUGAUGGCUCUGAGAGAUUGGAGCAUCCUUAAUGGUCAUCUUAACAAACGUCUGCUUCCAGAUUGGACGUGGGUAAAAAGUUUAAGUCUUGAUGUCUGAUUUUUUUCCGUCCUAACAUUUGGUGCUACUUCCUAUCAUUGGCUCGGUGUUGGCCCUGUUUGACCCUAAAGUUGUUGAAGUUGUUGCUAUCGACCCUGUAGGCCUUUUCAAGAUUGUGGUCACACAAGAUGCAUUUCAGAGGCUCGAAAACAACAAAAAUUUAGAUUUUAUUCUGCAAAUGAAGCCAUUGUCGCUGUUGGACCCAGUAGAAGAUGCCGGGAAGUACCGUUCCCAACCUUUAAUUCCAUCUUGGUGUCAACUGUCCCCAAACUCAGAGUCAAUGCCGCAGUGUUAACCAGCAUUGGAAGGCUAAUGACAUGUUGAAUGAGUUUUGGUUACAGUCAUGACAUCCCAAAUGUGAAAAAGAACAGGGUCUACCCCUACAGGUUGGGGAGGGAAACGGUUCCACAGGUACUUGUCUGGGACUAAUCCCAACAUCCAGAAGGCACAUGUUCCUUCUUAGUUGUGAUACUCCCAAACUCCUCCAAGAAAUGACCUCUGAGUUCUUGGCUAAUUCUCAGCUCAGAGACCCUUGAUGGUUAACAAAUAACAUAAUGGAAGUUGACUCACUUUCUCUUGAAAGAAGGAAGUGAACAAAAUAGGAAUUCUUGACAGAUUCUAAACAUCUGAAUUACAACAGUAGCAUUGGACAGAAAGUUGGACUUAAGUCUUGGAAUAAGAAGAAGUUGCCUACCUGUGAUAGUAUGUCCUGUGUGACCACAUCUUGAGGUUUAGAUCUCUUAGCUACAUGCUAAGCUAACAGUAAACCAGUCCAUUUGAACAGCCAUUGGUGGGCCUACACUGAAUUUAUUGGGUUUUGAGGUGCUAAGCUAAGCUAAGCUAGGGCAAAUUUCUGAGCCUGUUGCUCUUCUGUGGUGCUCUUUACCAGCCACGAGUGUUCGUCCAGUCUCGAUCUGUGACGCUGAGCAGCUCUGUCAUCAGUGGCGCUAUAUCCACAGGCUCUCUCUCUGUGUGUUUGACAAGCAACAGCAACACACUUCCUGUCCUGAGUCCUGUUAGGUGCUGUCAGGCCUGGCCUCACCUCCUGUCAUCAACCGUGUGGACUUGUUCAACAGAGGAGUUUAGGAGCUAAAAAUGUUCAAUCAGAACGGCUACUUGAAACAGUUUGGAUUCCAGAAGUAGAACCAGCAAACCUAAAUUUUCCCCAGGAUCAUAACCAUUAUUGGGCGUCAAAUGGAAUUGCUCAGUCAAGGUUAGAUCCGUUGAAUUCUCUUUAUCAAACAAGUAAUUCUUUGAUAACUUCUCCAUUGGUGAUACAAUCUUCCCUUUUACCUCCCAUAGCAUCCAGAAUCGUAUUAACACUUGCGAUAUUUGCACAUCUAACCAGCUAAUUGGUUGAUACAUGUGUUCAUCAGGAGGCGGGUAUGAAAUGUCAAGUAAAUGUCGCCAAACAUUGCCCAAGUUUGGUUCCAGGCCUUAAAUCGAAAUGCGUACAUCUUAAAAUGUUUU